UAGAAUAUUUCUUUGAAACACUGACGACAAACAUAGUAGCACGCGAAAGUAUCUUCUUCUUGUACAAAUUUUAUUUCAAAAUAUAUAAUGAAGAGAUUUCUUUUUUUAUUUUUCCUUAACGGAUUUGCUUUUGGAAAUGAAAUUAUACAAAAUAUCUUGAAUGUUAAUUCAAAUAACACAUUUUCGGGACAUCCCUUUUUGGAAGCUAUUACUAGUAUUUAUUUUGACCACAGAUUAGAGAGGGUUAAGGAAAUUUGCGUUGAAAAUGGCGGGGAGAAUGCAUUUGAGGAAUUGGAGAAAAAUACCGAAGAUUUGAAAAAAUGUCUUGAGGCAAUUCCUUUACCUGCAGAAAUGGAAUUACCAUCAAAAGUUUGUCCUGAAAAAAUUCUAAAAUUACGGUCUUGUUUUGAUGAAGCCAAAAAUAAAAUAAACGUUUGUGAAAGAAAAGAGGAGAAGUUUUUGACCGAUUAUUUGGCUGAUUCUAUAACUGCUAUGCUUCAUUAUGGUUGUCACGAAUUGGUACCAUUAUUAAAUGAAUUAACAAAAUGUAUGGAAGGAUUGGAUUGCUUGGCAUAUUUUAUUCAGGAACGAAAUCGUUCCGUUAAAGAAAAUAUGUUUUCUUGUAUGAAGGAAGCCCAACAUAAAGAGAUACCUGAGCCAUAUUUUUCUAAGGAAAGGUAUUGUAAGAGAGUGACCGAUUCUAAGGAUUGUGCAUUAGAUUUGGUAGAAAAAUGGUGUAAAGGUAACAAAUUGACAAAAGAUUUUAUUGUUGGACUG